AUGCGUCGGUAGAUUUAAUAUUUAAUCAAAGUGUGUACACUAACAUCGUGUUUUAAUAACUAUAUUCUGCUGUGACAUCAAUCUAUCUGACAUCGACACACUGUAACUAAAUAUUAUGAUGAAAAAUACAAAAAACGAAGAAAAGUCAGAAAUACCAAAGGAUUCUUCUUCAGAUCGACCAAAUUUGAAAGGAGAUUGGUUAAACUUCUACUUUUUGAUAUUACUUUACACUUUGCAAGGUACUACUACAGGUUUGUCCUACGCUUUUCCCAUUAUACUUCAAAAUACGAAAUUUGUAACAUAUAACGAUCAAGCUAUAUUAAGUUUUGUACUAUGGCCUUUUAGCUUUAAACUCUUAUGGGCACCAGUCGUAGACGCAUUACAUUUUCAGUGGAUAGGACGACGAAAAUCAUGGUACAUUCCUAUUCAAUUUUUAAUCGGGGUACUCUUUCUUUUUUUCGGCAAUAACAUCGAUGACUGGUUACCUGAGUCAGGAAAACUAAAUCUCAACAUGAUCGUGUGCGUAUUGUUCCUCAUUAAUUUUUUGGCUGCUACUCAGGACAUAGUAGUUGACAGUUGGGCAUUGAGUUUGUUGAAAAAAAAUAAUGUGAGUUAUUCAUCCACGUGUAAUAGCACAGGUAUAGCAUUCGGAUUGUAUAUUGGUUCCGUUUGUCCGGUUCUUCUUUCUUCUGAGUACUUCUGUAACAAAUACUUACGAUUCACCCCACAUGACGGAGGAAUAUUAAGCAUCAAAAGUUUUUUAUUAUUUUGGGGCAUUGUGUUUUUGUUUGUCACAUUUUUAGUCAUAUUUAAAAAAGAAAGAAACAAAGAAUUAGAAGAAGACGACGACCCUCUCAAGAUCAAUAUUAUUCAGAGUUAUGAGUUGUUAUGGGAUAUUUUUAAAAUCAAACAUAUGAAAUUAUUGUUAAUGGCUAUUCUGACGUCUAUGAUUGGAUUGUCUACAUCAGAAUCCGUCACAAAUUUGAAGCUUAUCGACGCUGGUGUAUCAAAAGAUGAUAUUAUGAUAAUAACUACAUCCAUGUUUAUUCUAAAAAUGUGUCUACCAAUUUUCGUAACCAAAUACACUACUGGCCCGAAACCGAUAAGUUUAUAUCUAAAACUGAUGCCAGCCAGAUUGCUGUGGAGUAUUAUUUUUGCUCUCCUAAUUUAUUUCACUCCGCGUAUAAUUCAAGAUAAUAACGUUGUGCCGACGUAUUAUUAUUUACUUAUUGGAUUUGUAUUCGCAGUAAACAGGAUAAUGGCCCAAAUCAUGGUAACUUGCAUGGUAGCAUUUUUCUCACGGAUUAGUGACAUUCGAUUCGGAGGCAUGUACAUGACAUUGCUGAACACCGUUCGCAGCAUUGGAUGGGUAAUACCAAAUACGUCGUUUCUUAAAAUGGUCGACUUGUUAACGUUUAGUUCAUGUUCAAAUGACGUCCAAAAUAGUUGUUCUACACCAGAUUUAGAAAAUAUAUGCAAUAUAAACGAUGGUCAUUGUGAAGCAGUUGUGGAUGGCUACUAUGUUGAGGUAAUAAUUUGUCUGGUUAUUGGAUUUGUUUGGUUUGCCGUAUACAAGAAUCAUCUUAAAUUUUUCGAAUCAAAGGAUCGUUCUCAUUGGUUAAUAGAUUUGAAUCGACCAGGGAACGUAAAAGUUUCUUUCACUGCAUAAUAUGUCCAACGAAUAUCUUAUAUUAUAUAAUAUUAUAUGAUGUAUAAAGGGUGAUUUCUUUUUAUUGGUACACUAAACUAAUACGUAGCGUUCAUGAACACUUAUUAUUUCUAAAUUUAAAAUGUAAUAAAAAGUUAAAAUGGCUUUUAAAAUGAUGAGCGUUAAUUGAUAAAAAAAAUCUCUCGAUACAUCUUAUAUAUUUAUAGAUAUUUAUAUCAAUAGAUUUGUAAAUGCUACUUUUGUUUUAUAACUUAUUUAUAAUUGUAAUGUUUUAAAGGAAAUACAUUUUUUUUAAAUUA